CCCCUCUUAAAAAAGUUAAAACCCCCCCGGUCUUCUAAACCCCUCUCUCUCUCUCUCUCCUCUUUAUGUCCCGUCCCGUCCCAUUCUGAUUCCUUUCCCUCUCCCACUUCCUCGCACUUUCUUGUCCCUAAUCGGUUUCAUUCGUUUCCCACUCUCAAUUUUCUCUCCCGAUCAUGGUUUUCUGGGCGAGACUUUUUUUUCCUUCAUGCAAGGAAACGAGAAUUCUCUAUGAAUCUUGAAUUCCCUUUUUUUCUGCCGUCACCAUGAAGUCCUUUUCCCAUUUCUUAUCGUCUUUCUUCUCAAGCCCUAUUUUCUCGUGCAUUGUUAGUCUUUACGCUCUGAUUCUCCUCUAUCUCCCCCACCUUUUCCUGAAAAUCAUUUUCUCCCCGGUGCUUAACGCAACUGGAAUUCUGUUCUUCGCUUUACUCCGACUCGGUGCAAUUCAGAGAUUGGAUGAUGAGAUCACUGAUAACUCUUGCCAGUUCCAAACAAGCCGGAAGGCCGGCGAAAACGCGGAAAGCAAAGAGAACGGGGAAAGCGAUUCCUUUGAGCCAGAAAAAACCAAGUUUCCAGAAGAAGACAUUGGUGUCGCAUCCCAAUCGGAAACCGACUCCGACUCCGAUUCCAGUUUCAAUCCCACCCCAUGCUUCGAGGACGACUUCGUCGAAUGGGAUGUGAAGGCACCGUUGGAGGUCAUAUACGAAGAAUACGAAGGUGAUGAAGCAGAAGAGGAUCCGAAUCCGAGCGAAAAGUAUCCAAACCCGAACGAGGGGGAAGGGACCAAAAAUGUGAGCCAUGAGAGGCACCCUUCACUUUCAAUGUAUUACCCGGAAUCAGACUCGGAUGACUCAUCCGACGGCGAUUUUGGCAAUUUUCCGCCUAUCGGAGAGUGGUACUCCCCGGAGAACCGGUGCCUCACUUGGAACGAGGAGGACAAAGAAGGUCUAAUAGAGAUUGCCUUGGAUGGGAAUAAGAGAGGGCAUGAUUUUCAUGUCGAGGAAGAGAACUUGAUUGAGAUUGAUAUUUCUCCGAUGAGAAACGAGGAAUUUCCCGGCAAGAAAUUGAAGUUUCCCAGAGAGAUGCUUACGAAAAUAUUGAUGAGCCGAAGGUCCGAACGGGCAUGUUUAAUGAACAAUGGAGCGAUGGAGACUUGACUGACUUUGCCAAAAAGAAAGUGAAGAAAUAGUGUAAAGAUUGGACUCCGAGUCCUUUGUCCUUGUUCAGAUGCUUGUUUCCAAGUUCCAACCGGUUGCCUUUCUUUCU